CUUGGUCAUGUCCUGGGCUUCAUCCUGGCGUCAAGGCUCAUCCUGCCCCGCGCCUCGGAGCUGAAGAAAGCGGGGCACCGGCGCAAGGCGAGCCCGGAGGGCUGCCGGCUGCAGCAGGGCGGGGGGCUGCUGCGCAGGGACUCCCGGGGGACGCUACUCCAGCGCCAGGUCGACGACCCGCCGGCCAGCAGCUUCCUCUUCGUGGGGGUCAUGACAGCCCAGAAAUACCUGCAGAACCGGGCGGUGGCUGCCUACAGAACCUGGUCCAAAACCAUUCCUGGCAAGGUCGAAUUCUUCUCCAGUGAGGGCUCGGACACCUCUAUUCCAAUCCCAAUAGUCCCGCUACCAGGUGUGGAUGACUCCUACCCACCCCAGAAGAAAUCCUUUAUGAUGCUCAAGUACAUGCAUGACAACUACUUGGACAAAUAUGAAUGGUUUAUGAGAGCAGACGAUGAUGUUUACAUUAAAGGGGAUAGACUGGAGAGCUUCCUUAGGAGUUUGAACAGCAGUGAACCCCUCUUCCUCGGACAAACUGGGCUUGGCACCACUGAAGAGAUGGGGAAACUGGCCUUGGAACCUGGUGAGAACUUCUGCAUGGGAGGGCCUGGAGUGAUCAUGAGCCGGGAGGUGCUGCGCAGAAUGGUGCCUCACAUUGGGCAGUGCUUGCGGGAGAUGUACACCACCCAUGAGGAUGUGGAAGUGGGAAGAUGUGUGCGGAGGUUUGCAGGAGUGCAAUGUGUCUGGUCUUACGAGAUGCAGCAGCUGUUUUAUGAAAAUUAUGAGCAAAACAAAAAAGGCUACAUCAAAGACCUUAGAAAUAGCAAGAUACACCGAGCUAUAACAUUACAUCCCAACAAGAAUCCCCCGUACCAAUAUAGACUUCAUAGCUAUAUGCUGAGUCGCAAAAUCGCAGAACUGCGUUACCGCACUAUACAGCUGCACAGAGAAAUUGUCCUGAUGAGCAAAUACAGCAAUGCAGAAAUACACAAAGAUGAUCUUCAGCUGGGGAUACCACCUUCUUUUAUGCGGUUCCAGCCACGCCAGCGUGAAGAGGUUCUGGAAUGGGAGUUCCUUACAGGAAAGUAUCUCUAUUCUGCAGCUGAUGGACAGCCCCCUCGGAGAGGGAUGGACUCAUCUCAGCGUCAAGCAUUGGAUGACAUUGUUAUGCAGGUCAUGGAAAUGAUCAAUGCCAAUGCUAAGACUAGAGGGCGGAUCAUAGAUUUCAAGGAGAUACAAUAUGGCUAUCGCAGAGUUAAUCCUAUGUAUGGAGCAGAGUAUGUUCUUGACUUGUUGCUUCUAUACAAAAAGCACAAGGGAAAGAAGAUGACCGUGCCUGUCAGAAGGCAUGCCUAUCUACAGCAGACAUUCAGCAAGAUCCAAUUUAUGGAGCAUGAAGAGAUAGAUGCCAAAGAGCUGGCCAGCAAAAUUAACCAAGACUCUGGAUCCUUGUCUUUCUUGUCCAAUUCAUUGAAGAUGUUUGUUCCAUUCCAGCUCAGUGGAUCAAAAGCAGAGCGGAAGGAGCCCAAAGACAGGAAGAUCAACAUCUUGAUUCCUCUUUCUGGACGCUUUGAUAUGUUUGCAAGGUUCAUGGGGAAUUUUGAGAAAACUUGCCUCAUUCCCAGUCAGAACGUCAAGUUGGUCGUCCUGCUUUUCAAUUCUGACUCAAAUCCUGACAAGGCGAAACAAAUUGAAUUGAUGAGAGAUUACCGUGUUAAGUAUCCUAAGGCUGACAUGCAGAUCCUGCCAGUGUCUGGGGAAUUUUCAAGAGCUUUGGCUCUUGAAGUUGGAUCUUCUCAGUUUAAAAAUGAGUCUUUGCUCUUCUUCUGCGAUGUUGACCUCGUGUUUACCUCAGAGUUUCUCCAACGGUGUAGAUCAAAUACAGUUUUGGGCCAACAAAUAUACUUUCCAGUUAUCUUUAGUCAGUAUGAUCCAAAGAUAGUUUAUAAUGGAAAAGUUCCUAGUGACAAUCAUUUUGCUUUCACCCAGAAAACAGGUUUCUGGAGGAACUAUGGCUUUGGCAUUACCUGUAUUUACAAAGGUGAUCUCCUUAGAGCAGGGGGCUUUGAUGUCUCUAUCCAAGGUUGGGGCCUAGAGGACGUGGACCUAUUUAACAAAGUCAUUCAAGCUGGCUUAAAGACUUUCCGAAGCCAAGAAAUCGGAGUUGUUCAUGUACAUCAUCCAGUCUUUUGUGAUCCCAAUCUUGAUCCAAAACAAUACAAAAUGUGCUUGGGGUCCAAAGCUUCAACUUAUGGGUCCACACAACAAUUGGCUGAACUAUGGUUUGAAAAAAAUGACCCUAAUUUUGGGAAGAGCAGCAAUACUAAUGGCUCAGUGAGGACAGCCUAAUGGUCCAGCUAUGCUGGAGAAGACUUUUUUUAAUUAUCUAAUUUAUUUUUGGAAAAUGUUUUGAUAGUUCAUUUUUAAAGACCACACAAGGAUAUAUUUUAGAAAUCAUGUUUUCUUACCACAAACUCUUUUUUGAGAAUGAGCUUUUUUGAACAAAACUGUGAUAUUUGCCUUUGAACAAAAGUUUUGGCUGAGUAUUAUCUGGCAGAUCUGCAUAAUUUGAUGACUUGAAAUAAGGUUUCCAUAUAAACAAAGGACCUUUCUUUAAAAAACAAAAAACAAACCAAAAAAAAAUCCCUUUUUCCAUUGCUGUCUUUUUUGCUAGGAUUUUAUAAAUUGGAAAACCCUGUAUCUAACCUAUUGUGUUGUGACUGUUACAUUACACAAAGUCUAUCCUUUUUAAAUAGCCAUAAUGUUCAGAUUGUGAUAGAACAAAGCAAAAGUGUGUGGCAAUAGUUGGGUUAUUGAUUUCAAAAGUAUUUCAGUUGGUUGAUUUAUUUCAACCAAGAGUGUACUUUUGCUUAUUGUGGCUGAGCAAAACUUUUAGAAGGGGAUGUAGAAAAGAAGCACAACCUCGUAUCAGAUUAGUCCAUCUGUAAGUUUUUGUCUGACAUUUGGCCCAUAUGUGGAUUUAACAUUAAAAAUUCCAUGGUGGAUUCUGUGUAUUUAAAAUUAUUCUCUUGUCUUGAGCAGAGCUUGCAUGAUGGUGAAAUGCUAAGUUGUAAUGAGUGUGAGAGGGAGAAAUAAGAAUUUCUCACCGCUAAAAAGGACACAAUUAAAAAUUUGAAAUCCUUAAUGAGAACAUUGGAAACUUACAUCUCAUUGCAUUCAUUUUGUUCAGUCAGUUACCACAGUGUUUCUCAACCUUUUUUUAUAAAACCUUAAAAAAAAUAACUACCCCUAGUACCUACAGUUUUCAGACACACACACAAUUUUUCUACCAUUGUAACAUAUUUGUUUAAACAACUUAAUUGUAAUUAAGGCAGGCGAUGAAAUAUUUAGGUGUAAAAAGUACAAAAAUAAUAAAUUGCUGUAAAACUUUAAACAAAAAUUGAGUUUUCUCCAAUUUUCAGUUUUGUUGACGUACCCCCCAGACUUCUCGCGAGUACCCCUAAGGGUUCUCAUACCACUGGUUGAGAAACACUGAGUUACAAGAUGUUGAUGGAAACAGUUGUUACAGUCUUUGGCUACUAGUUCCUUUUGUUUUCUGUAUCUGAUAGACCUUUAAUUUAUUUAAUAUCCAUUGUUUUAGGUUCCUGCCCUUUUCUUGAAUAUGUUAGCCAUUUAUUUAUAUAUAUAUAUUAGAAAUGUAUUGCUUUUUCUCACUGUUAAGGUAGUGUACAUCUUACUUGCAGUAAACUGUGAUCUCCAAAGAUUUCUUUUGAAAGUAUUUUUUAUUCCAAAUUUCUUUUAAAAUUUUACUUGUGUGACUCAAAUAACCUUGGAAAGUGAUUUGAUGCUCUGAGGUGUUGAGUAGAAAAAAAUGAUUCAUUUGAGUUAUCACCUAGUAAAGGUUAAAGAAACAUUCAAUAAAGUGCCUUAAAGUAAACAAAAAGAAGGGGGGAUCUUUUGCAUUGAGACUUAGAACAGUGAUGGAAAUUGCCGUUGAAGCAGAUCAUACAUUUGGAUCUAAUAUCUUUUGCUCAGAAAUUAAAAAUAAAAUCAGCAAACAAAAUAUUUUUCUAUUGACUCUUCAACACCAUUUUACCUCUAUUCCCAGUUCCAUUUCAGUAAUAUAAAGACCUACCCUUUGGGAGGUGAAAGGUUGUAAAAGAGAUUGAAAAUCCAUAUUUAGAUUGGAUUUACUAAGUUUUACGGGGUCUUUAUGGAGUUAUUGCUUGAAUAUUCCAAUAGAAAAAAUUAGUGGUUGUGCAUUUAUAAAGUAUGAAUUACAUUUGCAACUAGUCUAGAUGUCGUACAGAUGUUGUCAUUUUUUGGUGAGAGCGCCAGGGAUGUAGAUACUUAUGGAUUCAAUGCAUGGAAAAUAUUGAAAGUCUUGGUCCUAAGAUGCAAUAAAGAUUUGUAUUUGCAAUCCUA